ACUAUGAUGUGUCGCACCCCUCCAUGUUAUCCAUGGGGUCGUGUGCAAAAGCACUUUUAUAGACUAGGAGGACCUGGUGCGGGCAUUCGAAUUUCAGUGGUUCUAGUGUAAGGACACCAUUGAGGACCUCUCCACCGACUACUGUACGAUUCCGACCAGGUCGACUAGAUCAAGAUGCCUUUCAAGCCUGCCGAAAACCCCAAAUGCCCCAAGUGCCAGAAAUCCGUCUACGCCGCUGAAGAGCGUGUAGCUGGCGGUUACAAAUGGCACAAGUCCUGCUUCAAAUGCGGCCUUUGCGGCAAAAUGUUGGACUCCACCAACUGCACAGAACACGAAGCCGAAUUGUAUUGCAAGAACUGCCACGCCCGCAAAUACGGACCUAAAGGCUACGGCUUUGGCGGUGGUGCCGGUUGCCUUAGCAUGGACACUGGCUCCCAUCUCCAACAAGGCGACGAUAUUGUUGUUUCUCGAGCCCCCCUUUUGCCGAAAGCCAUCGCGAAGGCCCCCGAAGGCGAAGGAUGUCCCCGAUGCGGCGGUUACGUGUACGCUGCCGAACAGAUGUUAGCAAGAGGAAGAGGUUGGCACAGAAUUUGUUUUCGUUGUAAUAAUUGCUCCCGAUGGUUGGAUUCAACAUCACAUUGUGAUGGGCCAGACGGGGAAGUUUACUGCAGAGCUUGCUAUGCUCAACGCUUUGGUCCUCGAGGAAUCGGUCAUGCGGGCGGUACUUUUCUUGGACUAAUGUGCGAUGCUUUGGAUCUUAAAUGGCAGAGUGAUGCCGCCCCCAAAACCACGGUGAUUGACACCGCUUGCAUCAAGGCUCCUCCAGGCCAAGGUUGUCCCCGUUGUGGUGGUGUAGUGUUUGCCGCCGAAGAGGUCCUCGCGAAAGGAAGACCUUGGCAUCGUAAAUGUUUCAAAUGCAAGGAUUGUACUAAGACCCUCGACUCAAUUAUCGCUUGCGAUGGACCUGAUAGCGAUGUCUAUUGUAAGACCUGUUACGGCAAAAAGUGGGGCCCUCACGGAUACGGCUUCGCUUGUGGCUCAGGUUUUCUCCAGACUGAUGGGCUAACCGAAGAUGAAAUUUCGCAAACACGACCUUUCUAUAAUCCCGAUACGACCUCUAUCAAGGCCCCUCCAGGACAAGGAUGCCCCCGAUGUGGAGGAAUGGUCUUCGCUGCCGAGCAACAACUGGCCAAAGGAACAAUGUGGCACAAGAAGUGCUUCAACUGCGCCGAGUGUCAUCGUCCUCUCGAUUCAGUCCUGGCUUGUGACGGUCCUGACCGUGAAAUCCACUGCAGGGCCUGCUACAGCAAGCUGUUUGGUCCCAAAGGGUUCGGUUUUGGCCACACUCCCACUCUGGUGUGUGCCGACGGCGCCCCUGCCGCCAUCCACAACGACAUCAGACCCAACAGCGGGCCAAAAGCCGCCCCUGGGCAAGGCUGCCGUCGUUGUGGUUAUGCCGUCUAUGCUGCUGAGCAGAUGAUCAGCAAAAACGGCAUCUGGCACAAGAGGUGCUUCUGCUGUGUUGAAUGCAAGCGCUCGUUGGAUUCCACCAACCAAAACGAUGCCCCCGAUGGCGAAAUUUACUGCCGAGGUUGCUACGGAAGGAAUUUCGGGCCCAAGGGAGUUGGUUUUGGAAUGGGCGCUGGCACUCUGACUAUGGCUUAGAUUCACCGACCCGACCCUUUGAACUCUCUUAACCGAUGCGGAUUGGUUAGGACUGUUCCACCUUUUAGCUUGUGGUUUUAGCAGGAAUAAUAUUAUUACUAAAAAUGAUGCUUGAGGACGCAUAUUUUUUUUGGAGAUUUUUUGGAAUUCCAUUUUUGAUAGAGGACACGACAGAAAGGGAACAAGACUCGAACGGCUUAUUCCGUUACCAGUUGGUAUAAGAUUAUGAAAGACUUCCUCGAACGACCAGGGUUUUCCUGAGGUUUUUUGUACAUAUCUACACUGGCCACAAUGUUGGUCUAAUAUAGCUUCGCGCUUUGCUACUGUACUCGAUUUGUUUUUAUGCUAUUUACAACGUAAGUCUUUUUGUCUAGAUGUACUUUCAUUGUAUAUUAUGUUUAAUAAAAAGCUAAUAAAGUUACCUAAAAAACGAAA